CGGCCCGAAGUCCGCCCUGGGCGUCAUUUCCGCCCUCAUCCUGGGCCUUGAUGACUAGAGGGCGGAGCCCCAGCAUACGGCGCGUUGUUGUGCAUCACUUCCGGAGAGUCCAGCGGCGACAACGGCAACAUGGCUCUGAACGGCGCUGAAGUCGACGAUUUCUCUUGGGAGCCCCCGACAGAGGCGGAGACGAAGGUGCUGCAGGCGCGACGGGAGCGGCAGGAUCGCAUCUCCCGGCUCAUGGGCGACUACCUGCUACGCGGCUACCGCAUGCUGGGCGAGACGUGUGCGGACUGUGGGACGAUCCUCCUCCAAGACAAACAGCGGAAAAUCUAUUGUGUGGCUUGUCAGGAGCUCGACUCAGACGUGGAUAAAGAUAAUCCAGCCCUGAAUGCUCAGGCUGCGCUCUCCCAAGCUCGGGAGCACCAGCUCUCCUCUGCUUCAGAACUUCCCUCAGGCACUCGGCAGGCCCCUCAGCCCCCAGUACCCCGUCCAGAGCACUGUGAGGGAGCUGCAGCAGGGCUCAAAGCAGCACAGGGGCCUCCCCCUCCUGCGGUGCCUCCGAAUGCAGAUGUUGUGGCUUGCACACAGGCAGCUCUCCUGCAAAAGCUGACCUGGGCCUCAGCUGAGCUGGGCCCUAGCACCUCCCUGGAGACCAGUAUCCAGCUCUGUGGCCUCAUCCGGGCAUGUGCUGAAGCCCUGCACAGCCUGCAGCAGCUGCAGCACUAAGAGACACCCCUCUUAGAGAAAAACCCUCUAGACAAACA